AUGGCUUCCUCGGCGGCCGCAGCGAGGUCUCUCCGGCUCUGCGUGCGCGGCGCCCGGGCCCCCGCGGGGCCGCCGACCGCUCCGGAGCCGCCGCGCCGGGCCCACAGCGGCGCGGCGGGGGGGCUGAAGAGCAUCGACGAGCUGCCCGGUCCCAGUCUGCCCACCACGCUGUACUGGUUGUUCCUCAGAGGAUACGCGGACAAGAGCCACCUGCUGCAGGGGGUGCAGAGGAGCCUCUACGGGCCCAUGUGGCGCUCCCGCUUCGGCCCCCUCGACAUCGUCAACGUGGCGUCCCCCGAGCUCAUCGCCCAGGUGAUCCAGCAGGAGGGCUGCUACCCGACCAGGGUGGAGCUCCCCCACUGGAAGGAGUACCGGGAGCUGCGGGGUCAGGCCUACGGGCUGCACGUGGACACGGGACCGGAGUGGUACCGCAUCCGCAGCACCCUCAACCCCAAGAUGCUGAAGCUGCGGGAGGUGUCGGCCUACGCCCCCCUCAUCCAGCAGGUGGUCGGAGACCUGCUUGAGCGGGUGGAGUUCCUCCGCUGGGGCAGCCGGGACGGGGCCACCGUCUCCGACGUGGCCGCCGAGCUCCACAAGUUCGGCUUCGAAGGCAUCUCCUCCAUCCUGUUUGAGACGCGGCUGGGCUGCCUGCGGGAGGAGAUCCCCGCCGGCACGCAGCGCUUCAUCAGCGCCGUCAACACCAUGAUGACGCUGUCGGAGACCGUGCUCCUCCUCCCCCGCUGGUGCCGCCGCCUGCUCCCCUUCUGGGGGCGCUUCGUCCGGGCCUGGGACGACCUGUACGACGUGGCCCGGGUCCUCAUCGACCGGCGGAUCAGUGACGUCGAGGCUCAGGAGGGGCGGGGCCGGCCCGCGGAGGGCAUGUUCCUCACCUCCCUGCUGUCGUCUCGCAGGCUGAGCAGAGCCGAGGUCUACAUCACCGUCACCGAGAUGCUGCUGGGGGCGGUCGACACGACCUCCAACACCCUGUCGUGGGCCUUGUACCGCCUGGCGAGGCACCGGGGGGUCCAGGACCGGCUGCACGGGGAGGUGAGCUCCGUGUGCCCCCACCGGCGGGAGCCCAGCGCCGAGGACCUGAGCAGGAUGCCGUACCUGAAGGCCGUGAUCAAGGAGACGCUACGCCUCUACCCUGUGGUGCCCGGGAACGGACGCUUCGUGGCGGAGGCCGAGGUGGUUGUGGGGAACUACCGGUUCCCAAAGAAGACUCAGUUCCACCUGUGUCACUACGCCACCUGUCACGACGAGGAGCAGUUUGAAGGGGCGGACCUCUUCGCCCCGGAGCGCUGGCUCCGCCCUGAGGCGUCGGGCGCCGCCUGCAGGGCCGCGCCCCCCCCACGCCACCACCCCUACAGCUUCAUCCCCUUCGGGGUGGGGGUGCGGGCCUGUGUGGGGAAGAGGGUGGCGGAGAUGGAGAUGUUCUUGGCUCUGUCCAGGCUCAUCCAGCACUACGACGUGCGGCCGGAACCCGGGGACCCGCCGGUGGGGGCCAAGACCCGAACCCUGCUCAUCCCGGCGAAGCCCAUCAACCUGCGCUUCCUGCCCCGAGCCUGAAGGGGGGGGGGGGGUGGGGGGGGGGCGCCGCUCAGGACCAGUGGAAAUAGUCCGCUGAGGAGAGGAUGUAGAAGGAAAAAAUGUUCCCCGAACGUGUGGGACGUGUCUACCACCUGGAGUUCAUCUCCAAUGAAGCACCUGUUUUGUCCUAAACAUUAAGCGCGAUGUCACACGGAACAUUUAGUCCUCACGGACUUUAACUUUUCAUUUGUGUUUUUUAUAAACAACGUCACACAUCUGGGUUCACAUCAUUCAGGUCAGUGUUUUAUUCACUGUAGGACUUAACUUUUAACAUCAGUUACCAAUGUGUUUGGGUAUAAACGCCGCUACAGGAGCAUGCUGUGCCCCCCCCCCCCCCCUCCCCCCCGUGUCAGACAACCAGACGAGCGUGUCAGACGAGCUCCUAGAAAUAAGGAGUUGGCCAUUGGUGACACUUCCGGUUUGGGCCCCAGACCCAGGGCCCCAGGGAGGCCCUUAUUGCACAAAAUUGUAUUCACUUGCCUGCUUUUGAUUCAUAUGGUUUGUGUGAGGGCCCCGUCCCAGAGUCUGCCCCCCACCUCUGCCCACUGAGGCCUAGCCAGUGAGAAACGUUCCGCGGUGCAAAAAAUAAGUGUAAAAAUGCGUAAAAAAUGUUUAAUGUGUUAUUUUUUGUGUAAUUAAUUAAUCUUAAUUAACGCGCUAAAGUCCCGGCCCUAGUUUUAUUACAUUCCCGGAAGCUGAUGGGAAUUGUUUACAUUACAUUUGUAGACCCUUUCAAAUAAAUGUUGUAGGGCAGAGGAAUGCUUUGCCGUGGUCUGUAUGUUUAUGUCAUCUGUGGCUCCGUGGUCGUCUACUAAUUAUUCCUACGGGACGAUAACCACCCACAUUCAGGAGGGAAGGAGGACGAAAGGCAGCAAGAGAAGGAAAGGAGGGAGGAAGCUGAAGCAAUUAUAACAUAUUAGAGUUUACAUACUAGUGUCUUCAUGAGAGGAGAUAAAGGCUUUCAACUGGUUAGACCAUAAUCCAG